AUGCAGCUCGACGUUCUUCCCCCCAUAGAACUCUCAGUUUCACAACGUGGUGUUCGGGUGUACGAAAUUGAAGGGACUUCUUUUGCCAGCAAUAUGAAGGCGCUCAUGAGACAAGUUGCAUAUUCCUGGACUCUGUUAUCACUCGCAGCCCAUGCUGUCGCCAAACAGGCUCAAUUCUACGAGAAAUCAGAGAAUUACGGGGUUGCCAUAUCUUCCACAGGCAACAACGGCAAAGUCGACGCUGAAGAGUUCAACCUGCAGAUAUCGGCGCCCGUGUCUUACGGUUGGGCUGCAGUAGGCACAGGCAACCAUAUGCAUGACUCUCUCAUGUUCAUCAUAUAUCCUUCUGGCCAAGGCGAUGGAGUCACUCUCAGCGUGAGGACCACGAGUGGCCACGACACUCCGGAGUCCGUGUCGGGUGUCAAUGCAACCGUGCUGAGCUCCGAGGUCGCAAACGGGAAGAUGACAGCAACCAUACAGUGGCACCAAAGCUCAAGCCACAAGUUCAACACAGUCGAUGUCACAGACACGAAACAGCCAUGGAUAUGGGCAGUAGGCCCAAGCAAGCAAAUCCGGUCCAACUCCAUCGAUGCAGACAUUGACCAGCAUUCACACUACGGUGUCUUCUUCGUCGACAUGACCGCCACGCAGAAUGCAGUCGCCACCGUCCCAAGCAUUUCCGGCAUGUCCAGCAUCUCUGCAGAAGGUCAGCCCGGCUACUACCACAGCCUCGUCUAUACACACGCGAUCCUCCUGGGCGUUGCGUUUGUGAUUGUGUUCCCCGUGGGUGUCCUCGGCCUGCGGUGGAAAUGGUUGAUCGCGUUCAAGGUGCACUGGAUGCUCCAGCUCUUCGCCACGGUCGGGGCAUACCUUGGCCUGGCCGUGGCGAUUUUCCUGAGCAUCACCGGUGUGGAAUACACGGCGUUCAACGAGACCCAUCAGAUCCUGGGGAUCUCCGUCGUCGCCGCCCUCUCCUUUCAGGUCGUCAUGGGUUAUGUCCACCACGUCAACUACAAGAAAGUCGGCCGUCGCACGGUCCCGUCGUAUUUCCACAUCUGGCUCGGACGCGUCCUCAUCUACGCGGGCAUGGUCAAUGCGAUUCUGGGCGCCCUGCUCAGCGACGACACGGGCAUCGCCGUCGCCGUCGGCAUCGUCUCGGCCGUGCUGGCCCUCGGGCUCGAGUUCAUGGCACUCCGCCACCGCCGACAGUACAGCAGAGUCAAUCACUCUUCAAAGAACUCAUCCAACAUCGCCCUCCACAUGAUGCAAGAACAAGAAGAACUACUCUAG